AUGACGUCGAAGCUCUAUCUGUUCAACUCGUUCGGCAUGAUCGGUAUGUUCUCGGAGGCCUUGACCUAUUGCACCCCCUGUUGUCGAUCUCAGCUUCCACGGCUAACCGACAUCUCCAGUCGCAUCACGAGGGUGGAAAACGGCCAAUGCAUAAUAGGCAUGAGGAAGGAAGCCAUGAUCCCUCUGAUAAGCUUCGAUCUGCUCGUCAAUAUAUAUCUUACCUUGGUAUUCUUAAUACCAUUAUCCAGAACGUACACGUGGAAGAACUUUGUCCACACACCUGGCAGUCGACGUCUCCGAACCGUGGCCAUGAGAACUUUUGUGGGUUGUGUCUGCACAUUGACCAGCAGCGUGUGCCACAGGAACCUAUCCGUGCUUAUGGCUCUCGAUGGCGAGCCAGGCUGGGUGUGCCUGAUGUGUUGUAAUAGUGAUAUCCUCUUCAGUGCAAUUGUCAUCCAAUGGGUCACCUCCCGCGACAGCACUAGCUCGGCGGCCUCUACUGAUUCUGUCAGCGGAGGAGCAUCUCGACCACGAAGUCAGCACAACAACCACACUAGUCACGGGGGAGAGGAGUUGGCCGGUCUCGACAACAGCCAUCACCGCUGCAACGUUAACAACCGGCAGAAGGAUUCUCUCGAGGGGGAUAAGAAACAACAAGCGAGAAACAAGUCGCUGAACAGAAAAGGCCUCGUGUCAUCCACCGAUGCCAUCGUUGCAGACGCUGCCGAGAUGUCGAUCAACCACGCCGAGUUUGGAGGGGAUGGGGAUGUCUCGCCGCGAAGUACAGAGGUCAACACGGUGUGUUAUGAUGAUGGUAGGGACAAGGAAACCAACAGGAGGCCGUACACGAGCGGUUCGCUGACCAGAACGACGACAACCACGACGACGAACAACCCGCACGACGACGAUGGCGCUGCUGCUGGAAGGUUUCCCCGUCUGCCGCCGGCGCUGGCAACAUCAACCGUCCGGCACCACACCUCAGAAGUUAGAGUCGACGUUGAUUACGGCGCGACGAGUCUGAGUAGCCGCGAGAUUGCCGAUGGGGAAGAGGCUAGGUUGGGGAACAGCAUUGUGAUUGGGUCUGGGACGAGCGUGUGCGGUGUGACGGAUGUCACUGGGGGCGGGAGGUGGACAAAACAACCGCCGGCUUGGAGUCCGGGAACGGGGCCGGGGCUUUAG